UAAAGUUAGUCAAAAAGCAAUUAUUAAGUGUCAGGUGCCAGAUGAUUACAGUUUCUGUUCUCCUGUUCAGUAUAAAUAGUUCCAACUUGCUCAAAACGAAUGAACAAACAAUGAUGAAGCUAGUAGCAACUCUACUCUGCUUGGUAGCAGUCACACAGGCCAACCUCACCCGUAAACAGAUGGCAAAGUUACACUCCACGUUUGUGAACUGCACGACCAGCAUGCACAUCCCCGAGGACACCGUCCACUACGAAGAGCACAGCAUUUCCGGCGAUCUGGACCUCAAGGAUCCGCUGUUUAAGCGGGCUAUACUGUGUGUGACGCGGGAAAUGAAGGUCGCAAACGAGACCGGAGACAUUGACCUUCCGCGGAUGAGGGAGUACAUGCGGGAUGGACACGAUGAGAAGACCAUGGAGGAAAUGCUGAAAAUCUGCGCAAAGACUGCAGCGGGUGCGGCCCCGGAGGAUAAAAUCUACCAGUUUUACCGGUGUUAUUGGACACAGAAUAAGUUUUUGUUGUAAAAACAUUUUUAAAAACCCCGUCUUUGUAUUUCAGCAUCAUUUUAGUUUCGUUUGACCCAAUGCCACCCCCUCUAAGGGGUGAGAUUGGAUCAAUUUUCCAAAGGUUUAAUGGUAGAGUUCAGAAAAAUUUAAUAGAUUGUCUCAGAACCAUUGUCGUUAAAAGUUUUUCAAAAUCCUUAAAAAUGUUUUCGAUAUUGAUUAAUUUCGAAGAAAUAAAUAAAUUACGGAAAUUUUCUUUCCGCAAAAUUGCGAACUUCAUUUAUACGCCGCGAUUGAAGCAAGUAGCUCGAUUAACCCUCUAUAACCUGACCCCGCCUUUAGACGGGCUUCGAUCUAAAAAAUCGCCAAAAAUCAAUUUUUCAAACAAUUUUUGAUCUUCAAAAAGCAUUGGAAAGAAGAACUCUGAAAAUUUUGGAAAAUAUUAGGGUGUGAAGUUUAACUUGUUUUAUGUGACUUUGCCAAUGUUUUAAAAAAUGUCAUUUUUUUAGGGGUCAACUUUGGCUGUGUUUUAUACUAACAUUUCCUAUAUUUUCAGUAAAAAGAAGUAUGCAGUAAUUUUUGUAGUGUCCCAGACUAUGGCUCUACUCAUUUUUUUUUUUCAAUUUAAAUUAUGAUGGUGCCAUUCUAUAGAGGAAAAUGUGAAAAACAAGCAAAAAAUUUAAAAAGUAACUGUAAAAACGUGAAAAAAUUAGAAUAUGCAAUUGUAAUUACAUAAGGUGGUAGAAUAGGCCAAAUACUACCAAAAACAAACAUAAACUAAACAAGAUAGAUGCAAAUUAAAAUACUAAAAAUUAAACAAGAAAAACAUAAAACAAGAGAAGUAAAGUUUUGCGUAGAACAAAAGUUGCUCAAAAUGACCUCCAAAACACGGGAAAAAUAAAAAACUUCCGAAAAAAAAUUUGGGCAGUAGAGGGUUAAUGCUCAAUAAGCAAAACCUCAGUACCUCAUGUGUGAGGCUCUGGGGGAUUUAACGAUUACAAUAAAUUCAGAACGUUUUGGACAGUCUAACU